AUGACGGUUAAUUCUGAACAGCGCAACAUUGUCAUCAUUGGCGGUGGGAUCAUCGGAUGCACAUCGGCUUACUUCCUGACCCGCCAUCCAUCCUAUGAUCCAUCGAAACACAAGAUUACACUCCUCGAAGCAUCCAAGAUCGCAGGAGGCGCAUCCGGCAAGGCCGGCGGGCUACUGGCACUCUGGGCAUACCCAAGCAGUCUUGUCCCUCUGAGCUACAGGCUACACGCAGAGUUGGCAGCAUCUCACAGCGGGGCAGAAAGAUGGGGAUAUAGAAAGAUGCAUUCCGGGUCGCUUACUGCGAAGGGGCGGACAAUUGGACAGCAGUCUGCCGCGAAUGGAAACCAUGCCAGUGGCGACUCAGUGUCAUUGCAAAAACUCAAGGACAAAGUAUCCCGAACAUUGGCAGCGGCUGGCAUACCUAAGGAUUUGGGUUGGGUGGCGGCAGACAGCGCGAGGAGCUACUACGAGAUGGGAACACCGGACAAUACAGCUCAGGUCCAUCCGUAUCAGUUUACAACAGCUAUGGCUCAACUGGCCGAGGACGCAGGUGCCGAGUUCAUUCUCGGCUCUGUGACAAGUAUUGACAGAACUGGUGGCGCCGUUAAGUCCGUGACCUAUAACGACAAAGCAACUUCAGAACCACACACCAUAGCAGCUACAGAUGUUAUCAUUUGUGCCGGUCCUUGGACGAGGAGUAUCUAUCCACCAGCUCCCAUAUCAGCCUUGCGAGCCCACAGCGUAACGAUCCGACCAUCGAAACCCAUUUCCGCAUAUGCGCUGUUCACAGAAAUCAGCCUGCCACCUAAUUUUGGACGGACCGACACAUUCCAGAAAUCGAACCGGGCGCACUCGAAACAAGUGACCCCAGAGAUCUAUGCCCGCCCCAACAAUGAAGCAUACGCCUGUGGGGAGGGAGACACCAUGGUUCCCUUACCCAAGACGACCCAGGACGUGGUAACCGAUGACUCGCGCUGCCAAGACAUUAUCGACUACGUGUCCUCCAUAUCAGACGAGCUUCGAGAUGGUGAAGUGACGGCCAGACAGGCAUGUUACCUACCGAACGUCCAGGCUGCAAGUGGUGGCCCUUUGAUUGGCGAGACUGGUGUAAAGGGGCUCCUGAUGGCUGCCGGGCAUUCCUGCUGGGGCAUCCAGAAUGGACCAGGGACUGGCAAGUUGAUAUCGGAGUUUGUGUUUGAUGGCAAAGCGAAGAGCGCUAGUAUUGGUAGCCUCGACCCAAGGAAGGUCUUGUAA